UGGUUUAUACACCAGUCCAGUGGCAAAGCUGAAAUUCCCAGUGGCCCGGUCUACUGAUCCGCUUGUCUGAAAUCAAGAGAAGACUUCUCCAGUUGCUACAAUGUCUGUAUCCAAUCUAUCAUGGUUGAAGAAGAAGUCCCAGUCAGUAGACAUUACUGCCCCAGGAUUCAACCCUCUGUCUGGGGCAGGAAAACAAGCCCUGCCAGCCAGUAAGCCUCCAGCACCCAAGACCCCCGUCAUUGAAGAAGAGCAGAAUAAUGCGGCGAAUACCCAGAAGCAUCCUUCCCGUAAGAGUGAACUGAAGAGGUUCUACACCAUUGACACUGGCCAAAAGAAGACUCUAGACAAAAAAGAUGGAAGAAGAAUGUCUUUUCAGAAGCCUAAAGGGACUCUUGAGUAUACUGUUGAAUCGAGGGAUUCUUUGAACAGUAUAGCCUUGAAAUUUGAUACAACACCCAAUGAACUUGUUCAGCUAAAUAAAUUAUUCUCCCGAGCAGUUGUUACAGGACAGGUUUUAUAUGUUCCUGAUCCUGAAUAUGUCUCCAGUGUUGAGAGCUCUCCAUCACUAAGCCCCAUAAGUCCUUUGUCACCAACAUCAUCAGAGGCUGAAUUUGAUAAGACCACUAGUCCUGAUAUAGUUCACCAGAAGGAAGCAACUUCCUCAUCUACUUUUGCAGGUAUACGGCCUGCACGAGUUGUGUCUUCAACUUCUGAGGAGGAAGAAGCAUUUACUGAGAAAUUUCUUAAAAUUAAUUGCAAAUACAUUACCAGUGGCAAGGGCACAGUCAGUGGUGUGCUGCUAGUUACACCAAAUAAUAUAAUGUUUGAUCCCCAUAAAACUGACCCAUUGGUUCAAGAAAAUGGCUGUGAGGAAUAUGGCAUCAUGUGUCCAAUGGAAGAAGUGAUGUCAGCUGGAAUGUACAAAGAAAUUUUGGAUAGCAAAAUAAAGGAAUCCUUACCUAUAGAGAUAGAACAGUCAUCAACAAGAGACAUUAGCCAUUUAAAGAAAGUGACAAGAAGCAAUCUUGAUGAAACAGACUCAAGAGUCCGUGACGCAGGAAAUGAUAGUGCCAGCACUGCUCCCAGAAGCACUGAGGAGUCUUUUUCUGAAGAUGUGUUCACAGAAUCAGAACUCUCUCCCAUACGAGAGGGAGAAGAGCUUAUUUCUUCAGAUGAUCCACAGCAAGAUAAAUCUUCUGGUGUGUUAUCAGAAUCUGUGCAAGCUGUCAAUCAGAUUGGAACAGAAUGUGUCUCAGGCAUAUCAGAUUCUACUAGUAUCCCUGGUCACUUAAAACCCAACACUGAACAUUCUGCAAAUGAAAUUGGGACUCUCUCUCAUAAACCUGAUUUAAAUAAAGCUGAAAUGGCUGUAAAGGAAGGAGAUAAGGUUACAGAUAAUUUUAAAGAAUUAUCAGAUCCUAAAGAACAAAGCACAAGUGUAAAAGGUAAUGGAGACCAGGAUGAUGUUCUCAUUGAGGAUUUGCUACACCAGGGAGAGGGUGAAAGAGAAAAUGUGCCUUGUAGUGAAGUCACAGAAUUAAAACAGAAACAGACUGUCAACAAAGGAAAGCCAGUAAAGGAGCAAAAUCGGGACUCAGAGACAGAGGUAGAAGAACUUCGCAAACUCUGGAAAAGCCAUACUAUGCAACAAACUAAGCAACAGAGGGAAAAUAUUCAACAGGUGUCGCAAAAAGAAACUAAGCAUAAAAUAGCAGCUGCUGAUGGACACGUAGAAGUUCUAGGUUCUACACUGUUAAAAGAAAAACGAAGACAUCGAUUACAUAAAUUCUUAUGCCUGCGAGUUGGAAAACCAAUGAGGAAAACAUUUGUGUCUCAAGCAAGUGCAACAAUGCAACAAUAUGCCCAGAGAGACAAGAAACAUGAGUAUUGGUUUGCUGUGCCACAAGAAAGGACAGAACACUUGUACGCCUUCUUCAUUCAGUGGAGUCCAGAAAUAUAUGCAGAAGAGACUGGUGAAUAUACUAGAGAACCUGGAUUUAUAGUAGUAAAAAAAGUAGAAGAGUCUGAGACAAGUGAGGAUUCUACUAAUGAAGCAGCAGGCAGAGAAUGGGAGGUAGUGUCAGUGGCUGAGUAUCACCGCAGGAUCGAUGCUUUAAACACUGAAGAACUGCGUACACUCUGCAGACGUCUCCAGAUUACUACAAGAGAAGAUAUACAUUCAAAGCAGACUGCGCCAGUAAAAGCCGACCUGGAUUCUGAGUCAUUUAGGCCAAAUCUAAGUGAUCCCAGUGAACUCUUACAGCCAGAUCAGAUUGAAAAGCUUACCAAACAUCUUCCACCAAGAACAAUCGGCUACCCAUGGACUCUCGUUUAUGGUACUGGGAAGCAUGGCACAAGCUUGAAGACCCUUUACCGAACAAUGACAGGUUUGGACACUCCAGUGUUGAUGGUGAUUAAAGACAGUGAUGGUCAGGUUUUUGGAGCAUUAGCAUCUGAGCCAUUUAAAGUGAGUGAUGGUUUCUAUGGCACUGGAGAGACCUUUGUUUUCACAUUCUGCCCAGAGUUUGAGGUCUUCAAGUGGACAGGUGACAAUAUGUUUUUUAUCAAAGGAGACAUGGAUGCAUUAGCUUUUGGUGGUGGAGGGGGAGAGUUUGCUCUUUGGCUUGAUGGAGAUCUCUACCAUGGAAGAAGCCAUUCUUGUAAAACAUUUGGCAACCAUACACUUUCUAAAAAAGAAGAUUUCUUUAUCCAAGACAUUGAAAUCUGGGCUUUUGAAUAAAUGGAAUGCUCUCUGUCAUAGCAGGAUAAUGCCUCAAAGCUGACAUGGACAAGCAUUGUUUUGAAAGUUCAAGUAGCAAUACAAUGUAACAUGUCACUAGUGUUCUUGGGUUAAUCCAUAUCACCAUUUAUCAUAGCUAGUAUUUUGGAGUUUAUUUUUAAAAUCAUGUUUCUGUUCCAAAGUCCCUUGGGCUUAGUCCAUGGCGUGGGUCCAUGUAGCAUAACAGCUUGGUUUGGUCAGAUUUUUUGGCAUCAUUUUGAUCAUAGUUACCACAUGAUCUCAAUCCAUGUUAUCUCAGUCUCCUCACAGGAUGGUGCUCUUUUGUUGAACAUUUUUUUUCCUUAAACAAUAUUGAUUCUUUUACUAGAGCAGCCUAACCUGGGGCACUGAGGGAAUGACGUCUAGGUAGAUGCUACAGCUCACUGUGAGGUUGGUACAAGUGACAUUUGGACAUGCUCAACUUAUUGUUAUGAAGGAGAACCACAUGCCAAAACAAUGUGUACUCUGCAGACCACUGAGUUCUAAUUGUAGGUAACACUACAACAUUCUAUUACUUUUUAAGGUAUUUUAAAUUUUGUUCUACUAAAAGUGAAGCUCUAGGAGAAUUCUGGUUGUAGCAGACCACAGGGCACAUAACCUAUAGGUUUGGGUGUAUGCUUUCAUCAUGCUGAAUUAUUUGAUAAAUAUUUAUAAAAUGACAAAGGAGAAUGAGAACUCAAUGAUUCUAUUGGAUCUAAUAUAUUAACAAGAAAAUAGAGUACAUAUUUUUAGCUUAGUGCAGGGCAUUAACAUAAGUAUAAAAAAGCUAUGAAACAUGCAUAUUUCUUCAAUAUUGUGUCAGAUAUACUAUUUUAUAGUUUUGUUGUUUUAGCAUUGUUGUACACCAGCUCCUAAAAUAGUUUAUUCCUUUUCAAAAGGAAAAAAAAUAUUUGUGAUUUUUUUAAUUAAGUGAUAUAUGUAUGUUAUUAAUUGCCAUUAGCACUUGCUCUUAAAAAAGGGCAAUGAUUAUAGUUGACAAUAUCGUAACUCAGUAGACUUGUGGAAUAUGCAAACUUACUGUCAAGUGACCUCAGAAAAAUCAAAAGAUAGACUAUAUUAGUAGUUCUUAUCCUCUUUUGUAGGAAAACCAGUAAUAAGCCAUUGUGGCAAUAAAUCAUCAUUUGAUUUCAAGCUUCAUGUCAUGCAAAAAAAAAAAUCACAAAAAUCCUGCUGUUAUACAUGUGACAGUGACUUUGUGCUGAAAUUUCAGCUAUUCGACAUAAACAUUGUAUAUGAUCUUGUAAAUUAAUGUUUAAAGUAGUUUUGUUCUUAGAAAAAAGUGUUGAUUGCCAGGUGGCUUAUAGCACUUUGAAUUAUUCUAAAAAAGAAAUUACAAGCCAAAUAUAUUGGCUUAAGUAGUUUUAGUUGUAUAGCAAUUGAAUAUAUUUUGUUCUUUUGAAAGUUUAAAUAAUUAUCUAAAGGAAGCCUAAUGUUAAUGGGAAAACAAUCUGAUAUUCUCCUCUAAUAUGCUAUUGCUGAAUAUGAAUAGAAACCCAGGGCAUCAUUUAUCUCCUUGUCUAUGUCAAGCUCUCAUGAUAAGUUAGUAACAGUGCAUAGAUGAAAUGUUUACAAUCAAGCAAUUGUAAAUAAAUAUCUCGGUUCUUUUUCUUUUUUUUUUCCUUCUUCUUCCCUUUGGUCUUCCACAGCAGUAUUAUUGUCUUUGUGGAGUUAAUUAACCACAAAAAAUAAAUAAAUAAAAAGCUGUAAUUGAUUUCAAUUACAAUAAGGUCAUAGUUGUGUAUACAAAAUAAAGUUAAAUAAUAUAUAUACAAA